AUGGCCCAGAUUCCCGUGCAUGGUGAUCCCGCUCAGCCAGUCAAAGCUGCUGUGGUCCAGGCCGAGCCAUGUUGGUUCGACCUCGACGCUGCGACCGACAAAACGUGUGCGCUUAUUGCUGAAGCUGCGUCGAAUGGCGCCCAGGUUAUCGGCUUUCCCGAACUAUGGAUCCCCGGUUACCCGACCUUCAUCUUUGGUCACAAAGCGAACGACAUGUACGACUACUGCUUGAAAUACUAUCGCCAUGCGGUAGAUGUCACAUCUGAGCAGAUGAACCGCAUCCGAUCUGCUGCCCGCGCUGGAAACAUUAUGGUGAUCCUGGGCAUUGCGGAGCGCGAUAAGGGGAGUCUGUUCAUGGCGCAAGUAUUCAUUGGUCCUGAUGGCAACAUUCUACUUCACCGGAGAAAGUUCAAGCCAACCAGCUUGGAAAGAGUUGUAUUUGGCGAUGCGUCGGGAGACUGUACCACAAACGUUGUUCAGACGCCCAUUGGGCGUAUUGGUGGAUUGCAAUGCUUCGAGCACCUGCAGCCUUUGCUCAAAUAUCACUCCUACUUUCAGGGUGAGCAGAUCCACGUGGCAUCGUGGCCGAUGCUAUUCCCUCCAGUCGGCAAAGGGCCCUUUUUCAACACCGUAGAUGCAUGCCGUAUGGCUACGCACGUCUACGCCAUUGAGGGCGGCGCUUUUGUUCUCUUAGCGUCCCACACUCAGGGAGAGAGUGGUUUGAAGGCCAACGGUCUGAUUAUGCCGGAUCAGUCGCAAGAUACAACGCCUCAUGUCUCCACUCUCGGGGGUGGUUUCUCCCAGAUUAUCGCCCCCGACGGUCGAUCUCUGACAGAGCCUGUAGAUCCUACCUUCGAGGGUUUACUCUAUGCUGACCUGGACUUUAACGAAAUCUACUACGCCAAGAACAUUGUUGACCCUGUUGGACAGUACUCGAGGACUGACUUAUUUACUCUGCAGGUGGACAACAGGGUCAAACGCCAUUGUGUUUAUAAGGGAGAGGAGAAUGACGCCUACAAGCAUGCCUCGAGAUACCCCGAUUUGAAAUCCGAGGAAGUAGUUAAAGCUUUGGAGUCUACUUGA